CCGCCCUCUCACCGUUUCCUGCUCCUUGUCCUCACUGUUCUGCGGAAGAGUGCUUCGAGGGGGUUGGCCUGUAGAAACACCCCCGCUCGGGCAGUAACUAGCACUCUCUUGACUGUUGAUACUUGAGGGAUGUGCUGCAAAACAAGCAGGAGGUUUCUGCUACUAUAUGCCAGCCAGAAGGGCCAGGCGAAAGCCAUCGCAGAAGAAAUUGAGCAGCAGGGAAAAGAGCACGGAUUUGAAGCUGAUCUUCAUUGCAUCAGUGAGUCGGACAAGUACAACUUGAUCAGUGAAAGGGAUCCAGUGGUCAUUGUUAUUUCUACUACUGGUACAGGAGAGCCGCCAGACACAGCAAUCAAGUUUGUUAAGGAAAUUAAUGACAAAACAUUGCCUCAGGACCACUUCUCCCAUUUACGAUAUGGAUUACUAGGUUUAGGAGACUCUGAAUACACCUUCUUUUGCAAUGGGGGAAAAAUAGUGGACAGACGACUUCAAGAGCUUGGAGCACAGUGUUUUUGUGAGAUGGGACAAGCUGAUGAUGCUGUAGGUUUAGAAUUGGUGGUUGAACCAUGGAUUGCAAAUCUUUGGGUUGCUCUCGAUCAUGAAUUUGCAUCAAAAAAAGAAGACACAAACCAUAAUGAGAAGUCUGCAUCUGUUUGUGCCAGUACAGUUUCUAACUUGUGCAUAGCUUCCAAAAUAGAGCAUUUGAAAAUAGAAGAUUCAGAAGUGACGACUGAUAUUUUAUCAAAAUCAAAUGCUUACUCAGAACUUUCCACCCGAGUCUCUCAGCCUUCUCUUUCUCAAUCAGUGCCUCCACUUUCACAAUCCACUCUUAAUGUUCCUGCUUUACCGCCAGAAUAUCUAGAGUUGAUAUUUCAAGAAAGCUCAGAUCAGGAUUCUGGCCCUCCUUGUGUUUCGGAGACCUCUGUUUUCCAAGUUCCUGUCAUCAAGGCUGUUCAACUUACAACAGAUGAAGCAAUAAAAAAGACUUUGCUGCUAGAACUUGAUAUUUCUAAAACAACAUUUAGCUAUCAACCUGGAGAUGCCUUUAAUGUAAUUUGCCCCAACUAUGCCAAUGAGGUUGAUGAACUCCUCAAUAUCUUGGGCCUCCUUGAGAAGAAAGAUUUCUUUGUGUGCUUGAAGGUUAAAGCAGGCACCAAAAAGAGAGGAGCAGCUUUGCCACAGCAUGUACCUGAAAAGAGCACUGUGAAAUUCAUCCUGACGUGGUGUCUAGAAAUAAGAGCAGUUGUCAAAAAGGCAUUUUUGCGAUCUCUGGUAGAAUAUACUAUUGAUGUUGGAGAAAAAAGAAGACUUCAAGAGCUGUGUAGUAAGCAAGGAUCCUCUGAUUAUAAUAGUUUCAUAAGGGAUGCUGGUGUCUGCUUGUUGGAUUUACUGCAUGCGUUCCCAUCUUGCCAGCCUCCACUUAGUCUUCUGAUUGAGCAUCUUCCAAAAUUACAAGCCAGACCCUACUCAGUAGCAAGCUCAAAUUUAUUCCAGCCUGGAAAGAUUACUUUCCUCUUUAAUAUUGUGGAGUUCGCAUCCCAUGUAGGUCAACUGCGAAGAGGAAUUUGUACUGGCUGGUUGGCUGAUUUGGUUGCCCCAAUCCUUCAAUCAAGUACGAAGUAUGAUGGAUCCUUCAUUCCAGAGAUCUCCAUAUCGUCUCGCCCAACCAACAGUUUUCACUUACCAGACAAUCCAUCAAUUCCUUUUAUCAUGGUUGGCCCAGGAACGGGAAUUGCACCGUUUAUUGGCUUUCUGCAACAUAGACGAAUGCUCAGAGAAAAUCACAAAGAUUGGAUUUUUGGAGAGACGUGGUUAUUUUUUGGCUGUCGCCACAAAGCCAGAGAUUACUUGUUUGAAGAUGAGCUCAAGCUCUUUGUUGAGGAUGGCACGUUAACUCACCUGAACGUGUGUUUUUCAAGAGACACCCCAGCUAUGGUACAAACUGCCACUCCUAAAUAUGUUCAAGAUAACCUUCGGCUAUUUUCUGGUGAGAUCAGCAGAAUCCUCCUGCAGGACAAGGGGUAUUUUUAUGUCUGUGGAGAUGCCAAAAAUAUGGCUAAAGAUGUAAAUGAUGCUUUAGUAGACAUCUUAAUUGCGGAGAAAGGAGUUGAUAAACUGGAUGCCCUAAACAUUUUGGCUACGUUAAGAGAGGAAAAGAGGUAUCUGCAAGACGUCUGGGCGUAAGAACUGGUGCCAGUCCCUUGACCUUCAGUUGGAGUUAUUUUAAUUUAACAAAGUGUCUGUCUGUCAUUCAGAUAGCCUUUUCACAACCCAGGAAUGACAUCAGUUGGUGCCUCGUAUCUUUUCAAUAAUUCAGCUUCUGUCAGUGCCUUUUUUCUGUAUAAAAUUUGAGGCAUUGACUUUAUUUUGGUUUGGAGUACUGAGUAAAAUAAACAUGGUUACAGGGAUUUUAAGAGGCCCUAAAUGGACAUAUCUGAGGGAAAAGGUAUAAUGACAUUCUUCUCUACAUAUAAUGUUUGUUCCAGAUAGGCAAGUGGAGAGAUUCAAUAGAAUUUUUUUAAAUAGUGUAGAAGGUUCGAUGUGUAAUAGAAGAAUUUUCUUGCUAAUUAUUUCACUUAUCUCUCUCCUUAGAACCUAAUUAUUUCAUUUCAAAAAUCGAAAGUUUAUGAGAAAAAAAGUAUUGCACACAGCUAUUUAUAACAUAUUUAUUAUCUGUUUGCAUAUUUCUGCUGCUAUAUAUCAACUUCACAUUUGACUAAUUAAGCAGAGUUAUCUACUUAAGCCCCAUGGUCAUGCAGCAGGUUAAACCGCUGAGCUGCUGAACUUAUUGACCAAAAGGUUGGCAGUUCAAAUCCGGGGAGCGGGGUGAGCUCCUGCUGUUAGGCCCAGCUUCUGCCAACCUAGCUGUUCGAAAACAUGCAAAUGUGAGUAGAUCAAUAGGUACCAUUUCUGCAGGAAGGUAACGGUGCUCCAUGCAGUCAUGCUGGCCACAUGACCUUGGAGGUGUCUACGGACAACGCUGGCUCUUCAGCUAAGAAAUGGAGGUAAGCACCACCCCCCAGAGUUGGACACAACUGGACUUAGUGUCAGGGAAAUCUUUACCUUAUCUGUUUAAGUCUUCCUGAGUUCAACAGGAGUUACUUCCAAAUAAGCAGACAGUUUGUGGCCUUAAUACUGUUAUGUAGAAGUUGGAAUCAAAGUGGUCCAAUUUUAAAAGAAAUGUGUUUUAAAUCAUUGCAGAAAUGAGAGGUUGAUAUAAAUGUUCCAGUUGUAAUUGAUACAGAAAUUUUAAAACCAAAAAGGAAUAUUACAUUUUCAGACUGACUUCUUUGAAAGAAAAACAAUCUUUCCACACCAUGUUUGGAACUACAGCAUCAAAGGGGCAUGUGAUAAUCUGAAAUUAAUUCUAUAUGUGAAAAGUCACCACACUAGUUUUCUGUUCUGAGGUUGGAAUCCUGGUCGUGGCUUUGAGAGCAAUGAGUACAAUGCAAAGGAUUUUUGUGGGAGUUAAGCAUAUGGUUAACGAUCAUUUUAAACCAGGAGGUGGAAGUACUAAAAUUGCCUGGAUUAUGCCCAGGGCUUCUAUGAAUAUGCAAACUACUGUAUUUUGAUUUACAGUAAGGGUUUUAAAACUCUGAAACAAGCUUUGUGUUAAUUUUUUCCCCUUCUUUGACUGUGUUGUCGAAAUAUUAUCUGAUCAAGUGGAAAGGCCCAGCUUAUUUCAGCACUUUAACUGCAAAAGAUAGUUUUUUUUAUUGUGUCAGGAACAACUUGAGAAACUGCAAGUCACUUCUGGUGUGGGAGAACUAUCUGCAAGGACAUGCCCAGAGUAUACCCGGAUUAUUGAUGUUUUAUCAUCCUUGUGGGAGGCUUCUCUCAUGUCCCCAUAUGGGGAGCUGGAGCUCGCCCCACUCCCAGGAUUUGAACCGCCAACCUUUUGGUCAACUAGUUCAGCUGGCACCACGGGUUUAACCCAGUGAUUCCCAAAGUGGGCGCUACCACCCCGGUGGCCGCUGCAGCGAUCCAAGGGGGGCGGGGCGGUAGUGGCCACAGGUGCAUUUGGGGGCGAUGAAUAACUCUAAGGAGCGGUGAAAGCAUAAAAGAAAGCAGAAAAGACUUAGAAAAAUUGAUUUCCAGGAGGUAGGCCAAAUAAGUUUGGGAACCACUGGUUUAACCCAUUGUGCCACUGGGGGCUCCAAAAGAUACAGGUUGCUUGUUCUGCAGCAUUGACAUACAAUGGUGCUUAAAGAUAGAAGUAAGCAUUAUUGUAUGUCAAUGCUGCAGAACAAGCACAGAGACAGUUUAAGGAAGUCAGUCUCAUUUAGAUUUAUUAUUUCCUGAUGCCAAAGAUUGUUUUAAAGGAGAACAUGUUUUGAAGAUGUUAAGGAAAGAGCUCUGUAACCUUAAUUUCAUGUUCCUUUUUCGUGUACCCUUCAAAAUGCUAAUAAUAGUAUAUUUGGGUAUUUUAUGGAUCUGUAACUGUAAAGGUGAUGGAUUGCACUGUGUUAGACCUCAGAUUUUAUGGACACUGAUGACGGCGCAUCUGCCCUGAACUGAUAAUAGAAUUAAAAAAAAGAAUGCCAUUUCUUAGAA